UCAAACCUCGAAAACUUUGUUUAAUUAAAAAACAUAUGAAUAUCAAUAUAACCUAAAUUUGUUAGAAACUUGGAAAUAUUUUCUAAUUUGACCUCUAAUUUUCCAAUUUACAUAAUCGAGAUAAAAAUGAAACCACUAGAUGUGUUGCCAUUAAAUGUCAGCCCUUUGAUAAAGUUAUCGCGAUGGAUGUUUUUAAUUGCUGGAAUAUAUCACGGAAUAGUGAAGCACAGAGAAUACAAAAUUGAAGCGGACAAAUUUCGUAAAGAGGAAGAAGAAAUGAAACUAAUAAGAAAAGAACAAUUUGCUCGCGAGCAAAAUUUAAGAAAUCAGGAGACUGCACGAGAACUCGCCGAAGCUUUAACUGGUUUACGUGUUGAAUUCAAAAAAGUAUUUUCUUCAGAAAAUAAUGACAAUUCGUCAUCAGAAAAUGAAUUAACAUCAAUUGACAAAUCUCAAAUAAAAAUUAAUACCAUUGCUACUGAAUCUUCUUCACAUGAUAAAUCCACAUCAACUAAUGAAUUUAUUUUUAAAGAUGAUUCCAAUUCAAUAAACGAUGAUCAAAAAUAAUAAAAAAAGAAGAUUGAAAAAUACUAUUUUU